UACCCCAGCCCCGCCCCCGGGCUUUGACGUUUUGGCGCGAGUCGAGUGGGUCUGGGAGCCGUUGGCGGCGGUUGGACGGAGUGGGAUGUCGGCGCCAGAUUGCCGGCAGGGCUGGGCUCACACGGCGGGAGCUCUGGCCGCACUCGAGGGGCUGCUGCAGUGCUCGGCCUGUUGCAAACUGCUGCAGGAGCCUGUCUGCCUUGGAGGAUGUGAGCAUGUAUUUUGCCGAGUUUGUGUUGCUGAUUCCCUUGGGAAGAGUUGUCCAGUGUGUCACACUCCAACCUGGGUGAAAGACCUGCAGCCAAACAGACAGCUGCACAAUAUUGCCGACCUGUGCAACCAGCUUCGAGUUCUCCUGAAUGUCAGAGGCUCUCCAGGUGCUAAAUGCAAUCCAACUGGAUCAGAAAUCGGACCUGAAGAUGUAACUGGUAAAAAAUGGCAAAUGAGAACAUGGUUCAGUCCACGCAGUAGGAAAAUGAGGUGUGUGCUAGAUAUGAAUGCUACUAGGAAGAAUCGGAAAGUGGCUCCCAGUUCUGGUUGUAAUGGGCCAUCGCCUUCAGUGUUCGAAUUCAUGUCAUCACCUUCCCCUCCACUCAACUCUCCAAAGAAGAAAACGCCGAUUAACUCAAAACAGGCAGUGAGGAAAAGACUGGCUGAUGCCAAUAAAGAUUGGGGUUUUGGAAAAAGAAGAAGCAAGAAAAUGGAGAGAGAAAAUGACAGUCCUGGAAAUAUAGAUUAUGAUAGAGUUGUCUCAUUUCGCAGCCAGCCAGUGGUCGUCAGCAACCAGGGACAAACAGUUGUAGGUGAGGCAGCUGAACAGUCACUUGCAUUUCCACUGGACGACAAUGUGAUGGGCUCCAAUGUAGAAUCUUUGACCAAGAAUGUGAUUGAGAGUUCUUCUGGAGCAUGCUCUACUGCAUCAGUUUCCAGUUGCAAAGAUAUUUUCCUUGGACAAACUUUCAGUCAGGAAGGACACACUUUUUCUCUUGUCCCUGUCCCAACCACAGAAACAAAUGCUAAAAGAUCAAGGAAAUCAUCAGAAUCUCGCAACCAAACUCUUGCCAAAAAGAGCAGAAAAGAAGUACAAAAUUCUUGCUUUGAAAAGUCAUCUGCAAGUCAUGAUGCAAUUGUAUGUGAGCCAGCUAAGUUAGACACACAAGAGGAAUUUUCAGCAACUCCAGUACAUCAAGCUGGGUUAAGCGAGAGCAUUAAUGAGACACAAGCGCCUUCUUCAACAGAAAACGGCUGUGGUACACCACCUAGCGGAUGCAAUACUCAAAGAAAGCAAUGUGCAACACUGAAAUCUCCUCAAACACCACUAGCUACAUUUAGAAACAAGUUGCCUAGAAGUUGUGCAAUGACUCCAAUCUCGCCUCUUACUCCCACAAUGAAAAGAAAUCACAAGGGUGAGACUCCCCUCCACAUUGCUGCCAUAAAGGGUGAUAUUGUUGCAGUGGAGCAGCUUUUGGAGAAUGGAGCAAAUCCAAACAUCAAAGAUAAUGCAGGAUGGACACCAUUGCAUGAAGCAUGCAACCAUGGACACGUGGAAAUUGUAGAGCGGCUGCUGAAAUUUGGCGUGUUAUUGAAUACACCAGGAUACCAGAACGAUUCUCCCUUGCACGAUGCUGUCAGAAAUGGACACGUGGAUGUUGUAAAGCUGCUAAUCUUACACUAUGCAUCUCAGGAUGUGAUCAAUAUCUUUGGGUUGCGGCCUGUUGAUUAUGCGAAUUCUGAAGAAAUGAUAGCAGCCUUACACCAGUCCCCCAAAACUGAGGAUCCAGUUGCUGAGCAGUGCUUGGCUGUGACUUCAAACCAGAGAAGAGAUGGACCUAUUGUGUUACUGGGAGGUGAUCUCCUUGGAGCCAAAAAGAAAAAGCUUGACAAAUUAGUAAAGCUGUUGAAAGCUGGGAACUGCACUGAAUUUAAUACCUCGGUGACGCACAUUAUUGUUCCCAAUGACCAUGCUCUCUCUACCAUGAAGUGUUUGACGGGGAUUGUCUCUGGCUGCUGGCUUGUGAAUUUUGAAUGGGUGACAGCUUGCCUGGAGAAGAAUGACAGAGUAGCUGAAGAAGACUAUGAGAUAAACGUUGUAAAUGGUCCCAAGCGUGGACGACGCAACCAGGAGCAACAGCUGCCAAAACUAUUUGAUGGUUGCCACUUCUAUUUCAUGGGCCCAUUCAAAAGCUGCAAGAAAGAAGAUCUCGUUCAUUUGGCCAAGGUUGGUGGGGGACAGGUCCUUGCCCGGCAGCCUAAACCAGACAGUGACGUGACUCAGAGCAUCAACACUGUGGCUUACCAUGCAUCCCCUGGCUCAGAUCAGUCAUUCUGUACACAGUAUAUCAUCUAUGACAAGGACAGUAACUAUAAGCCUGAAAGAGUGAGGUUAGGCAAAGUGUGGACUACCCAUUCUAUGUGGCUGAUCGACUGUGUUAAAUCAUUUGAACUGCUAUUGAUAACUGAACACUAAUGAAAUUGUCUGUAUAUGUAGAUGUAUUUUAUAAAAUGAGGCUCAAAAUGAUGUGCUAUUGAUACAAAAUUAUGAAAAAAAUUGCUUGAAAAUGUAAACGCAGCUCAGAAAAUGCAAAUAAUAUUAAAAUUAUGGGUCAAAGUUUGGUUAAACUAAUCACUGUAAAAAUUGCUUUAUAAUGACCUUUCUCUGCUAGCUUCACUUCUACCGUGUCACAUUAAGUAUUCAUUACGCUAAAUUAAGCUCAUUCAAUAAAAAGAUUUAUUUUA